AUGGCCCUAUCCACUGCAAAUGAGAUAGGUGUCAGGAUAGUCCUCAUGAGCGAACCAAACCGACAUGCCGUUAGAAACAGGAUAGACUGGAUAUGCGACAAAGAUAUAGACACCGCUAUAAAAGUGAUGGAUCGCAGCAUCAUUGUAAAAAGACAGGGUCGUGGAUACAGCUUUACCUAUAUAACCACAACAGCAUGCACAAUAUACAACUGCCAUUCCACAGGAAAUAAAGAAAUUGAAGACCUCGAACAAAUUUUGCCAGAAAUCGAAGCGCAUAUCAGGUCGAAUAAAGAAAAAGCAGUCAUAGAAGUGUUGGAAUAUGAAUCCCUGAGCAACCACGAUUACAUAUCCUUUGAAGUAGUAGAAGAGAACCGAAUGCCAGAUCGGGAAAGAGCAAAGAACGAAGGAUGGCAGGUGAGAAAGCUGGACAAAACAAAACUGGUACAAGUGCUAACAGAAAUGGAAAUGAGCCACGAAGAAGUUGAGGCAAAAGAUUUCUUACACGCUCUGAGCCGGAUAUACAUAGCCGAGCUCCGUAGGGAGUGUAUAAGAAAAAGAAAAGCCUACACCAGGAAUGCAAGAGGCAGUGCGCCGGAAGAAACUAGGCACCUAUGGGAGGAAUCCAAAGAAAUAAAGAGGAGACUCCGGAAAAAGAUUAAGGCGGACAAAAGAGCGAGCUGGAAAAGGCUCUGUGAUGAAGUAGACUGUGAUAUCUGGGGGGUGGGUUAUAAUAUCGUCACGAAAAAGAUGAUCGGUUCCCUUCCCAGACUGCAAAUGGACAUCCAAACCGUGGAGGAGGUCGUAGACCACCUCUUCCCGGUGCAUGAGGAAGUGAUAUUCGAGUGUAAUAUAAAUGUGGUAUUUACUGAUUUUAGUUUAGAAGAAUUAAGUGUGACGUGUAGUAAAAUAAAGGAGAAUAAGGCACCCGAGCCUGGAAACAUUCCACCGAAGAUAAUCAAAGAAUUCGCUAAGAAUAAGCCCGAAUAUGUAUUGGCAGUCUAUAAUAACCUGGCAGAUAGAGCAAUCUAUCCGUCGGAAUGGAAAUGUGCCAGACUGCUGUUAUUAAGAAAAGGAAAUAAGCCUAUUGACAACCCGGCUUCAUAUAGGCCGAUAUGCCUAUUGGAUGUGGAAGGAAAGCUCUACGAUGUAACCGGCGGCCUGUCGGAACAGCAAUACGGCUUCAAAGAAGGGCGACAGGCAGUGAACGCCAUCAGAGAAUAUAUCCUGGCAGAAGAUAUUAAAGGAGCUAAGAAGAAGGGGAGUCAAAGAAAGCCUCAUAAACCUAAUAGCAUCAUACCUAUCAAGGAGAGAGAUCAUUCUAGGGGCAGAAGGAAACCCUUAGACAAGGCGAAUAAACAGCGGCGUACCACAAGGCUCAGUAUUGGGCUCCACGUUAUGGAACAUAAUGUACUGUUCAGGAUAGAACAGCCGGAAGGAGUCACCCUGAUAGGAUUUGCGGACGAUGUGGCCAUGAUGGUGGUCGCUAAAGGGGAGGAAUUACUUAGGAGCACGGCGAAUAUCGCUCUCCAGCGAGUCUCCAACUGGCUACAAGAUAGAGGGCUCCAGCUGGCAACGGAAAAGACUUUCAUGGACAUAUCCACUUUUGAACCAGGCAUAUUGAAAAAGGCUUUGAUAUCUAGGAGAAGAUAA